AUGACUAUUGGGCCAACCAUUUAUACAUGUCUACGUUGUCGUGAAGAAUGGAUCUUAAUAGUUUUGGCUGUUGGGCAACUCUCUCCAUGGGCAUUCAAAAUAGUAAAUGAUGCCAUGGCAUCUAGAUCAAAUAAUGAUUUUGGUCGUGACAAAAUUUACCUUGCAUGUGGAAUUCCUUUAUCAAUUUUACUGUCUCUUACUGGAUGGACCGGUCUGAUAGCAUUGAUUAUUAAGCUGGAACAUACGCAAUAUACAGUUAGUCGUAUG